UGGGUAGGGGAGUUCUGCAAACUGCUACGAAACUGGCAUAUUCAAGACUUCCCAGAGAGCCACGAUUUAAAUAUCCCAUUAAUAGGAUAUGAUUUUUAGGGAGCAAAUAUCUAGGUUAUUUCUCUAAUUAUGGAUGUUAGUUAAAUUGCCCCGAUGACGCAGGAUGUCUCAUCUUGGAGACUGCCUCCGUUUCCAAGCUCGUUUCCAUGCACCGCCUUCUAACAACAUGGCGCCAGUUUACAGCGGUGCUGCCUUCCAAAGGGAUGCCAAAAACCGCGCCGUAAGAGGAAAAUAUGAUUAUUGAAAGUAACAGUUAACUACAAAAAGGAUAACGGUACCGUAGUUCUUAUAAAUAAUACUUGUGUUCUUUUCAUGUAAAAUUCUGCGUGCAGCAACAGUUUGUUAGUGACAGGUUGCGCAUGAGCCCACCUGCCGGAGAAACUGUGACGACGGUGGACCAAUAUGAAUCUCCUGAACCUGACAAUAUAGUGGGCGAUAUCCUUUGAUAGAGACCUGCAAUAUUAUGCAUAUUCUUCGACAGCGAGGUAACGCGUAAACGUCUCCGUAGACUCAUUGUAGUGCAAUAAAUAACUUUCUCUUUAAAAAAAGAAGAAGCUCACUCUGUAAUGAAUGAAGAGAAUUGUGCGCAAUCGGAGGUGGAAAGGGAAAAGCUCCCUCCAAUAUACCAUACGUCACCAACUAUGGAUUUGGGGCGUGGUGCGAAACAGCCCUUUCCCUCCCUCAGCACGUUCAUCUCCUCCCUUAACCAGCGGAGGGAGACGGGAGGCCGGUUCAGCGUGGGCACAAACCAGUGUCUACCAGGUGGACGACAUGGGAGGGAGCUACCUCCUAUUUGCAGUGACGUGAGGCAGAAACAGAGGAUCUCCAUCGACACACUUCCCCCCGAGGUGAAGGCCCCGUUCCCCUCUGAACCUGUCAUCCCCCUCCGCACUAAGACCAUCAAAGAGUUCCAGGAAGACAUGGAUCGAGCCACAACCUCAGGGGACUGGAGGGAUGUGAGGGAUUUCUACCUAACCACCUUUGACUCCUUUCUAGAGAUCAAUGCUGCCUUCAAGAGAGAAGCUAACGCCCCAUUUAACACAAUCGAGGAUUCUGGAGUCAACUCAAAAUUUUUGAAUGCUGUUUAUGAUGCUUUACUCUGCACACCCCAAGACAUCCAGAAAUCAGUGUUGAAGGGAAUCAUUAACAGCUUAUUAAGAGAGUGGAAAGGUCCCAGAACGAAAGAUGACCUGAGGGCAUACUUCAUCUUAGUUCAGAACCCUCAGUAUUCCAGCACCAGUACCUAUGUGAUCUAUGCCCACCUACUGAGACAGAUAGCUGGCCUGUCCGAGGCUGACCACCAUUUCCUAGUGCACUGGUUUAAAAAACUGUCUCCAAGGCGUUUCAGGCAGCUGGUGGAGCGUUUUCUUCACUUCAUCUCCACUCGUCUGUUACCUGCUCCUCCUGAUGAACUGCCCCCUCUGACCAGGUGUUCCUGGUGGAUCCCUGCUGCCACCAAGGUCCUCGCCCUCUUCAAUGCAGCUAACAGCAUAUCCACGCCUCCUAUCAUGUCCUUCACGGACUUCUACAACAUCACCUUGGACCACAUCGACAUCAUGGAGCAGUACCGCACCUGGCAGAGCCACGGCAACUCCAACAAGUUCUCUUUCUGCCAGUUCCCAUUUAUCCUGUCAACGGUGGUGAAGAAAGCCAUCAUUCAGAGAGACUCAGAACAGCAGAUGAUAAGCAUGGCCAGACAAAGCCUGGUGAACAAGGUCUCUCGCAGGCAGAGAGUGGACAUGAACCUGUUGUUCCUCAACAUCAAGGUACGACGGGCCCAGCUACUCAGUGACUCAUUGGAUGAGCUGAGCAGGAAGAGAGCAGACCUGAAGAAAAAGCUCAAGGUCACUUUCGUAGGAGAGGCGGGGCUCGACAUGGGCGGCCUCACCAAGGAGUGGUUCCUGCUGCUGGUUCGACAGAUUUUCCACAUUGACUAUGGCAUGUUCACCUACUUGAAGGAUUCCCGUUGUCAUUGGUUCAGCAGCUGGAAAUGUGACAACUACUCAGAGUUUCAAUUGGUCGGGACUCUCAUGGGUCUCGCUGUGUACAACAGCAUUGCUCUGGAUAUCCACUUCCCUCCUUAUUGUUACAAGAAGCUCUUGACUCCACCCAUUGUGCCAUGUGACCAGAAUACUCCCAUCGGCAUGGCAACCGCCACCCUGGGCGACCUGCAGCAGGUCAUGCCGGAUCUGGCUCAUGGGCUUGGAGAGCUGCUCUGCUAUGAGGGCAAUGUGGAAGAAGACUUCUAUCUGACCUUCCAGGUUUUCCAAGAGGAGCUUGGGGUGGUCAGGUCCUAUAACCUGAAACCUGGAGGUGACAAGAUUCCAGUCAACAAACAGAACAGAAAGGAGUAUGUUCAGCUGUAUGCUGGUUUCCUGCUUAAUAAGUCAAUUUACAAGCAGUUUGCAGCCUUCUAUCGUGGCUUCCACAGUGUGUGUGCGUCAGACGCUCUGAUGCUGCUGAGGCCAGAGGAGGUGGAGAUGCUGGUGUGUGGGAGUCCAGAGCUGGACAUGAGCGCCCUACAGAGAGCAGCUCAGUACGAGGGCUACAGCAAAGCUGACCUCACAGUACGCUGUUUUUGGGAUGUGGUGCUGGAUUUCCCCUUGGAGUUGCAGAAAAAGCUGCUCCACUUCGCCACAGGAAGUGACCGUGUCCCCGUGGGAGGGUUGGCCGACCUCAACUUCAAGAUCGCCAAGAUCGACGUGUCCACUGACUGGUUACCCAUAUCUCACACCUGCUUCAACCAGAUCUGCCUCCCACCUUAUAAAAGCAGGAAGGAACUGAAGCAGAAGUUAACCAUCGCCAUCUCAAACGCAGAGGGCUUUGGCUUAGAGUGACUCAGUCUGCAGCUAUGAGAUUCACAGUAAGAGGAGAGUAGGUGAUUCCUUUCCAAAUGUACUUUAGAAUUACAUUCCUUCAAAAAUAGAAUUUGAUAUAGACUACAUGACCAAAAGUAUGUGGACUCCUGCUCAUUGAACAUCUCAUUCCAAAAUCAUGGGCAUUAAUAUGGAGUUGGUCCUGCCUUUGCUGCUAUAACAGCCUCCACUCCUCU